UAUUACUGACAUAAAUUAUUACUGACUUACUUAAUGGCAUAUCUUUUAAAAAGGAGGUUGUUUCCGAAAUCAUUUUUUAUUCAUAUUUUUUAUUUAAUUGAAGUCAAAGCAAAAACCAAGCAAAGCCAAAUGAUAUUUGACGCGACCGAUAGUUGGUCUGGCGCCGUGCUUUUUAGUAAGUAUAAGAGAAGUUUAAAUUAUUCUAAAAAAAACAGGUAGUGUCUAUGCGCUAGAAAUGAAAUAUUCGGCUAAAUCCUAUCAAUGUACACGCUACUCUUCAUAAUGUCCCUUCCUUGAGCGCAAUUUCUGUUACAUUAAGUUUUCAAAUCACAACAUUGCUAAAUAAGCUGUUUACGAAUGGCUUCCACAAUUAUGGAGUAAUAUCACUAAAACAAACUCUUGUAAAAGUAAAAAAAUAUACAUUCAACUAAGACGUCUUUAAAUCUGGGUAAUGGCGUCCAGCUGGAGAACCUCUGGUAGUCGUUUAAAAUCAGCAGGUAUGUGAGCUGAUCUGAGAAAAUUGAAAAAUUCUCAGCCUUUUCGCUUAGAAUCCGAUUCAAAAAUAUUACUUGAUCGUUACAUCGAAAAAUACUGGGCAUGAUAUUUGUCUCGUGUUUAUUAUCUUCCCUCCAAAGUAUUUGCACGUUACCACAUAACAUACCAAUAAGAAAUUAAAAUUCUCAAUGUUGUUUACAUUCAAUAGACAAAAAAAAUAUAUAAAGAUAGAUAAAAAAAAGAUAAAUAAUCUCAGUUCAAAAUGUGUUGGUUUGUUUUUGUUGAAAACUUAAAAUAAGACAACAUUGCAAUCUCGUCGCUAGGCAACGCGUUUUGUAAACAAUUAAAAAAAAUCAUCUACGCCGCUAGUUCAUAUAUAAAAUAUUAAAAUAUUUAUAUUAUGUGUAUUUGUUAUCUAUGUCGUAAAAUAUAUCUCUACAACUAAAAUUAAACAAUAUUUUGAAUAGGAGAAAUAUCUGUAUGGCCUUUUCAAAAUAUUGAUCCUGUUUCAUACAGACGUAAAAUGAAAAGCUUGAAAUCACUAUUCAAGAUCAUUGUAAAUCUAAAAUAUAGUAAAUAAAUUCGUGGUGAUCUUAAAAAAGUACAUAAUACCAUGGCUGAAAUGGACUGGCGGAAAAUAUUGACUUAUACUCAGAAAGAACUCCAGAAUGCCGAUAAAGACUCUAUUUGCGAAGGCUUAUCCUGGAUGGAUAUCGAUGAUAUCGACAUCAGUUUUUCGGAUUUAAAAAUCCUAUUUCGACUAACACAGGACGUGCUGAAGUAUAAAAUUGAACAGGUCAAAGAUAUUCUUGGCGAACAAGCAACAACUAAACGAAAAAAAGGGAAAAUUAAAAAAUAUUACCAAGAUUCGCCAACAAAAAUUAAGAAUAAAGACUUACAAACUAUAAAUAAUCAAGAAGAAGUCAUCAAAACAAACAGAGAAAUUUUAGAGAAACUUGAAAAGGAAAUAAAAGAUUUAGAAUCACUUAAAAAUAGCAAAGAACUUGAACAGAAAAAUGUAGUAAAUGAUAAUGAAUCAAGCGUUUGUACAUUGUCCGAAAUGAAUACAGCCAUGCAACUGGAGAAUGAGAUUGCUAUAAAAAAUAAACACAUUAAAAAGCUUCUAGCUGACGUUAAGGUCUUAGAAGAAGACAAUCUUACAUUCAAAGGAAAAGUUUCCAUUUUGAAAGAUAAACUAAUCGAAGCUACACAGAUUAUAGAUAAUUUGACCGAACAAUUACUUUCGAUGAAGAAUGAGACUGCGCGCUUAAAAGAAAUAUUGGGAAAAUCAGAGCAAAUAAAAUCGCAACAGUCAGCUGAAAUCGAAGUGCUGAAACAAAAUUCUGAACGAGAUGCUUAUUCGCAUAAGUGCACUAUUCCGGAAGAAAUUAAAUUAAAAAUUAAGCAUUGGAAGGAUAUGGCUCGUUCCAAAAAGAUCGAAUUAGAUAUGAUAGCUCUCGAAAACGUGAAACUAAAAGAACAACUUUCUAAAACCUAUCAGCUACCCCCAACACACGAUGAAGGCAGAUCUUCUCGUGAAUUUGAAAUAAAAAUAAAAGAGCUACAAGAAAAAUUGCAUGAAGCUACAAAUGAAAUCGAACGUUCUGCUAUAAUAAUUAAUACACUAAAGGCAGAAAUACGUCAAUUAAAAAGUGUUAUAGAAGAAACACCCGAUCCAGUUUCUGAAGUGAGAAAUGAAAGUGACGACGGGAAGCAAAGAGCAAUCAUAAGACGAUUGAGGAAAAAAAACAUAGAUUUAAUAGCUUCUCUCCAUGGGGCAGAUGAGGUUCUUAUCGCACGUGAAAAGGAGUUAUCAGAAGUUACCGCGCAAUUACAGUUAAUUCAAUCUGAAGAAGGUGUAAGUGUCUUGAUCGAAGGAUUGAAAAAUAAAAAGAAUCAGCUUAAAAUUAAAGACGAAGGUAUCAAAAGUCUAGUUCAAGAGGUUAAUACUUUACAUCAAUUGGUGACUGAUCUGCAGUUAGAAAAUGAAACUCUAAGACAAAAAUAUAACAUUCCUUUUGAUGAAAGAGUUUGUACAAAAGGCAUUCUAAAAAAAUACCGAGAUAUGGAGCUACUCAAUGCUAAAAUGAAAAACGAACUAAAACACGUGGAAAACAAAAUAAUCGAUUUGGAACUAAACGAAAGAUGUAUGUCUUCAAAAAUUAUAAAACUAAAAAAAAUAUUAACUUUGCAAGGGUAUAAUGUUGAUGACGCCUAUUUGAACGCUGAAGAUGAUGAAUAUAAUGAGGAAAUUUUAAGUGGUGCAAAAGAAUCUUUGGCGAUUGAUCAAUCUAUAAAUUUAGUACAGCAUGUGAAGAGUAGCAAUGAAACUGAAAAUAUACAGGCAAUAAUCGACGAAAACGAAGGAUUAAGAAAAGCACUUCAAGAGCUCUUAGAUUUUUUAAAAGACAACAGUUCCACUUCCUCGGGAGUAUUGGCGUUACAGUGUCCAAGUCUUGAGUCAAUUUUACAAAAAAUGGGAAUCAGACACGCAGCCGGCUGGUUUUCACCACACAUGUCUACUUUUAUGGAAUUAGAAGCGGCACGUGGAGGAAAAGAAGCAUUGCUUUUAGCGCUUCACGAAGCCAGGAAAGAAACAUUCAAUUUAAUGAAGAACUUAUCUCAUCAAUCAAAAAUAAAUGAAGAUCUUCAAAAAAAAGUUAACGAAUUAGAGUCUCAGAGUGUACAAAAUUUUGAUCUCGAAGAUAACUUGUUCGAAUUUGGUUCAUGGGUAACAGAGGAAGAAAUCAAUUCUGUUGACUUUUAUGACAAAGAACAAUUACAAGACAGUGUGCAUAUUAAAAGUCAAUUGAUGUAUGAAAAUACAUUGAAAAAGGUACUAAAACAUUUCCAUGAUCAGUUUAAAGUUCUAUACGACAAAAUGAAUUCACUAGCCAUAGAACAUAUAGAUAAAAACAAUCAUUGGUUAAUUCAAGAAGAACGGUACAAAGCCGAAAUUGAAAAUUUAAAGAUUCGUUUACAGCAAAAUGAAGAUGAAGACUUUAGUAAUGCAUCACCUGGUCUUUUACCUACAUCGAAUACUUCUAUGCUUGAAAGAAGAUGUUCAUAUUUAGAAGAUUCUUACAAAGACAUUAGGAACAUAAACGAAAACUUAAGAAAUGAAAAUAUAGAAUGUAAAAGAGAAAAAACGUUAGUGGUCUCAGAAAACGAAAUUAAAACGCAGAAGCUAUUGCUACUUAUUUGUGACAUUACUGAUAAGCUGCGUUCUUCAAUAGCCCUUGACUUGUUUUGGGACCAAAACAGACUUCUCAACGAAGUAACAUUAAAAUAUAGAAAAAUUGCUGAAAAUACUUUUAAAGAUAAAAAUAAAACCAUGGACAUGUUAAAGUGUCUUGAAGAAAGUAAAUCGGAAAUUAUUAAUUACGUUCAAAAACAACUGUGUGAAAAUGUAGGCGAUGCCGAUAGACGUCAAAUACUUAAUGAAGUGGAACAAUUAGCAAUAGAAAAACAAUUGCGACAAUCAAUAACAGAAUUAGAAAAGAGAGAAAAAGAAAUCAAUUUGUUGGAAUCCAAAUAUAUGGAACUAAAUCAACUGCAAGCAGGCCUUAUCGAUGAUUCUUUACGCUCGGUAAAUACAGAAGAAAUUAAUUUUAUGAAAUCCCAGAUUUCUAAUCUUUCUGCGGAACGGAAAAUACUCAAAGAACAAUAUCAAUCCACUAAAGAUCAAUUAGAGGUUACAAUAUUGCAGUUGCAAGAAUUCCAACAGCGUCAAAUGUGCAAAGAAAUCGAAGUAAAUAUUCUAAGGCAUCAAAUACUAGAUUUACAAUCAACUGGAAAUAAUAAAGCAGUCGUUGCAAGGCUGAGUAGUGAAUUAUUAGUGACACAUUUACAAGCUUCAGAGUAUAAUAGAAAAAUUCAAGAGUUGACCACAGCUCUGAAUAAGGAAAAGGAAAUGAGAGCAGAUAUCGAAGAUAUUUUGUCUACCAGGCAAAAAGUUUUUGACCUUUAUACACGUAGAUACGACUCAAAAUUCAAACAUAUUCACACGGUAUUGAAUAUUAUGCGGCUCCAAUACCAAGGAAGUUUGCCUUUGACGUCAAUAGAAAAUUUUGUCUCCAAAUUGGAAGAUCUUUCUCGUAAAAAUCAUGCAAUUAAUCAACAACUAACUGAAGUUGACGAGCUGCGGACCAGUUUAGUGACAAAACAUGCUGUAUUCGAUCAAAUACUCGACGUUUCUAAAGAUAAAUGCUUACUUCAAGAAGAUGACUGUCCACACAAAUUAAAAAGUUUUAUUAUGGAUGCAACGCAUGCCCGAGAGAUGGAUAAUAUGAAGAAGAAAAUUAAAAUAUCUGAACAAGUACGUGAAGAACUUUUAAGUCAAUGUACUAACUUAGAAAAGACUUUGGCAUAUAUUAAUCAAGGUUAUGAAAAAUACACCUCCGUUGAGUUGAAGCACAAGCUGAAGGAAGUACAAAAUGAUGAAGCCAUAAAUUUAGAGGAUCUGGUAUCAGACGAAGAGCCAGAUUCCAGAAGUAGUCGAAUAGCUAAAUCUCAAAUACUCAAACCUACAACACAUACCAAAGCAACUGUAACUGAUAUUAAUAACGAACACCUUCAAGAAAAUUUAUUUGGUUCCCCGGCGAAGAAAUUACCAGUGACACAACUCAAGCCAAAGGUAGCCAAUGUUUUUGUACAAACAGACCAGUUGACACUAUGCAAAAGUGAAAAAAACAUUCAAACCGAAGAAGACGCUCUCAUUAUUGACAUGAAAUAUUCUAUUGAAAGUGCUAGAAAUGAUAUAAAAAUUAAAAUGCGAGAACUUGAUGAAGCUCUCUUGGUAGCUAAGAAACGUACGGAAGAAAUGUUGAUAAUGGAAUCAGAAAAAAUAGAUAUACAAUCGAAAAUAAAAAAUCUUCAUCAUACAAUUAAGGAAAAGGAUAAUUUGAAUAAUCAGUUACAAAAAACUUUGUCUGAAUUAAGAAAACAAGUAGAAGUUUCUCAGAAUUUACAAAUUGAAGAAAUAGAUAAGAUUAAGCACUUAGAAAAUGAAGAGACUAAAAAACUGUUAUCGGCCUUGAAAGAAUUAGAAAACGACAAAAAUAAAAUAAUUGAGGAAUACAAACAGCUACUGUAUAACGAAAGAGAAGAAUACACAAAAGCUAUGAAGGAAUUGCAAGUGAAAUUAUUUGAAUUACAAACCAAGCUAGACAGAAAAGGAAGCGACUCCGGCGCCUCGAACACUGAAACCCUGAAAGAAUUCGUCAAUAAAUAUACUAUGAAAAUUGCGCUAUUAGAAGAUGAGUGCUUUAGACUAAAAAGGGAACUUGAAGAAUGCAAAGCUGAUAAGACAAUAUACCAAAAUGAGAUUGAGCGCUGGAAAGAUUUGGCUUCCGAGAGACUGAUAAAAAUGGAACAGCUGAACUCUCAACUCGAAGAAAGACAUUCUCAAGAGGUAGAGUCAUAUAAAGCUGAAAAUCAACAUUGGCUAUCGCAAUUAAACGAUACACAAAAGGAGCAUAAUGAACUCCGAUCUCGUCUAACGGAGCAAAAGGCUUUAUACCUAAAACAGUUGGCGGAUAAAGAUGCACACAUUGAAAACUUACGUACCGUCGUCCACGGCUUAAAGACGCAGAUUAUGAACAUGCAAACCAUGCUGGCAGUCAACGAUCCAAGUUUCGAUUUAUCUGCUAUUGUGGAAAUUGAAGAAACUAGUGAUGUUAUGUCUCAAACGGGUUCGGAUCGAUUGGAAAUCAAAUUUGAUUCAACAACAGAUAUACAUGAAGAAAUGGUUAAAAUACCCGGUUCUUCGACUACUAUUUGGCAGGAAACAAUUAUUGAACGCUUACGUCGCGAGAAGCAACUUGCAGGGAAACAGAAUGCUAUAUUGCGUCGCCAAAUUAAAGCCCUUGCUGCUAGGGAAAGACGGGCACGCCUUGAUGCCCAAAAUUUGAAAAAUCAAGUUUUCAGAAUUAGCACAUCUGGUAAUAAAGUUGCAACGGCAGAAACCGCAGCACUACACAACAAGAUAGGUUCGCUACAAGCGCAGUUGACAAGCGCUAGGCGCGACACUCAAACCAACGUUGCUUUGUGGGAUAAAUGGAAGAGGGCACAACAAUUAUCGGAACGCUGGCAAGCGAAAUACGAAGAAAAAUGUCAAGAAAUAAAAAAGGUCGAAUCAAAUUUAGCUCUAACUAAGUCUGCUGUUGUGAGACUAGAAAAAGAGAAACGUGUGCUGUUCGCUCGACUAAAUGAAUUAAAAUAUAACACUGAUUUAGCUGUAGAAAAACAAGAAGAAGAACCAUUAGAAAAAAGUCAUAAAAAUAUGGCAGAUAAUUGUACUUCUUAUACGCACGGUGUCUCGAAUGUUCCUUUGUUAUCUACGCAGUCUCUGAUGGAUAGGAUACAGGCUCAGCAAAGAAGGAUUGCCGCUUUAGAGCUUUCUGAAAAAGGCAACGAGCAUCUUGUUUCCGAGUAUGAGAAAGCUUUAGCCGAGAUUACCUCGCUGAAGGGCCAAGUACUAAAACUGGAGUCAACUUUAUUGGAAUCACAAAUAAAAAUUCCACUAAAGACUUGUAAUGAUGAGAAACCCGAACUGGAAUACUGGAAAAGCUACUGCGAAAUGCUAAAAGAAGAGAACGUUCAACUUAAUUUACGGGUUAAUUCGUUGGAGACGAUUCCAACAACUGGUCACCAACACAGAAUUGCUGAUCUUGAACAAACUGUACUAACACUCAGAGGUCUUGUUGGUAAGCUGCAAGCGAAGCAGAAAAGCGCUGGAGCUGUGAAACGUACAGAGUCGCGACCAAGUAGCGGGAAAAGUGCUUCAGAAAAGAAUCGUACUCAACUAGAAUCAUAUCGCGUUGAAAUCGCAAACCUAAAACGCAGUAUACAAGACAAGGAUUUACUGUUGGAGCGAUCUAAAGAAAUGCUCAAAAUAGCCGCUGAGCGUGAAGACGAACUUUUGAGAGAGAACCUGUUAUUACGUCGUCGUAUUGAUGACCUUAUUGCUCCGAAAGAAGGAUUCUUAUCAGCCUAAAUGUAACUAUCUUAAAAUUUAAUCCUAAAUGUAAUUUAUCUUUCAUUGAUGAUGAUAACAACUGCUGAAAUUGGUGCCUGAGUCCUAUCUAACCCUUUAGAUUUACUAUUGAAAAGUUUAGCAUUGUAUUAAUCUACCUAUGUUAAGUGACCUACUUACUAUGUCAAUCAAUAUACCCCGAAAUAUGUACCUACUUAAUAUCUAUAAUUUAAUAUUUUGUAAUUGCAUAUCUACUUUUUUUUAAAGAUUUUACGCGGCCAGACAUAGACAAACACGAGCCGCGAGAGUACCUUUGCCACUAAAUAAUCUGAUUUUUAAAGUAUAGCGGCUUAGCCUUUGUGUGUUGCCUGUUGGCAAGCAAAAUAUAGCAACAUUAAAGUAUUCACUAUCUGGUAACUUUUUUUAGAUAAAAUUCGGUGUUCUUUUCCAAAACUUAGGUAAUGACAUGAUGAUUUCUUUUUCUCGACAUUCCGAGAUUCAUACAAAUCGUAGAAAAUAAUUGCUUGAAUAAUUAAUUAAACUUGUUUUGCGACCUAAAGAGAGAAAGCUAAUGUGCAUUACGUUUGCGAUCGAAGCGUUACAUACUAAUUCAUUUUUUGUUUUUGUGUUACUAUCAUCACUCUCAGAUAUGUUUCACUUGCAAAAUGUUUAAAAAUAUUUGUGAUUAGAAUGUAAAUGAGUUCACAGUAUUUUUUUUGUUUAACAAAAACUUUGAGUUUUAUAGACAGAUAUUUUUUUAUGAUUCUAUGAUCUAGUGAUAAUAAGUAGAGAAAACGACCAUUGAUUAUAACAAUACAAACUUUGCAAAUUACGUUUCGUAUAGAUUUUUCCAUAAGAUCGUCAAUACAUAACGAGGUCAAUGUCCUGUUUGUGUAACGUUUGAUUUUACGACAAAGUAGGUUAUUGACUUUCACAUAAAAUAGAAAUAGUCAGUUUUAAAUGAUUGUGAAUUUAAGAAAAUGUUUUGACUUAAUUCGCGAACUCGUUUAUUCAUAUACGGGCCUUAUAACUUGUUUGUUUGAAGUAUUAUAUAAUAGUUUAAAUAUUAAGUGCAUAUUUUAAUGUAACUUGUAUUUUAAAAUAGGUACCAAAAAAAAAAAUUACUUAUAUUAUAGUCUAUUAUAAAUUGAAUGGAUCGCGUACUGUGUGUGAAAUAACGUUUAACGGCCGUUUUCAAUAACGUAUCUGAGUUUACGGAUAGAUAGCUAUCGCCGAAUAUCAGCAAGAGCGUAUAUAUCCUUAUUUUGCGUUUCACAAUCACGGAUAAGUGCUAUCUCUCUUUAACCAACAGUAGAUAGCUUCUUCCCUCCGACCUAUCCGAACCUCUUGAUACGUUUCGUUCUACUACAAAUACGAAACAACAUCAGGAUCAAGACUUAUUUUAUUUUAUUCUAAAUUAUAACUAUAAUUCAACCAACAUAUCGUAGACUAUCAUAAACACAUUUGUUUAUAACAAAAAGUAGUAAAAAAAUAUGUAGAUUUUUUUAAAUUGGACGUUUUGCUAUUUUUAUCCUAGUCGAAAUUAUGAAACGAAACGUUUUGACAGUCCGUUUGCCAUUAUGCGGUGAUCAGUUUCUUUUGUUUGUUUUUCUCUUGUUUACCUACUAUAUUAGAUGAUGACUUGCAUCCAAAACGCUUUAAAACUUUCGUUUAUAAUUCUAAGUGUGUUUAUAGUUAAAGAGCUACAGUGAAAUAAAAUGAAUUCUUCAAGAAAGGCAGCACCCAUGACAAAACAUGAGACGAUGAUUCUAGCAGAACUUGUGGCGGCGAAAAAACACAUCAAUAAUAAGGCAACAAAUGCCACAAACAAUAAAUUGAAGCAGCAGGCUUGGCAAACCCUCGUAAAUGAUAUUAAUUCGUCGAUUCGUCGUUUCCCAUGAACUCCAUUGCAGCUUCGACUAAAAUGGGAAAACUUAAAGAACGCUACGGCAACAUAAGAAACAACCUUAGUAAGGCUGGAGGUGGUAAGGAUUGCAGAUGACAUUUUGGAUAAAGCAUGCACAUUGUUGUAGGUCACAUGUAUUUUUAACACUUUUACAGCCAAGCGGAAACAAGAUGGAAGAAAAGAAAUGCAAUGCAUUAGCAGAAUAUCUAAUAGCAAAAAAGAGACUUGACUUGGAAAAUGAAGAAAAGGAGAUUGUUGUAGCAAAACUUAAGUUAGAUUUAGAUAAUGCUAGAUUAAAAAAUUAAAAAUUACUUAAAAGGAUUUCAUAAAUUAAGUAGGCAAUAAUAAUUUUAUGUUAGAUAGUUUUUUAAGUAUAUGUACAAAUUCUAAAUUAAAUAUCUUGCAUGUACUAACCACUAUGUAAUUAUCAUUUUGGAAAAUAAAAAAUAGUCAAAUUAUCAUUGGAGUUUAUUUUAUAAAUUAUCUUUGGAAGCAAUUAUUUAUAAGUAGUUGUAUUUCAGAUGUACGUUCUGGAAAAUUGUUACGAACAAUUAUAUUAUUUUCCUGUAAUGUAUCUGCGACUGAAAUUUCUGAUUCUAAUUCUAAAUUCAUACUCCUGACGAUAUUAUGCAGCAUGGCAGCUAUAAUAACGGCUUGCAUAUUUUCUAGUUUUAAUCUACUUUUCAAUGAUAAUACAGGGAGUCUUCUUUUACAAACACCAAUGCAUCUGAAAAUUAUACAUUAUUUGCUUACUUUAUUUUACAAUACAGAAUAACAAACUCUUAACUAAAAAAAAGAUUACCUCUCUAUAGUAUCUCUUGUUUUAAUAUGUGAUUCAUUUUAAAUCGUUCCGAUUGAGUAUGUGGGUUAAUUAAUCAUGUUAAAAGAUAGGGUUGUGGGGAUAACCUCUAUCGGCAAGCAAAUAACAAUUUCCAAGUCCACCUUGUUAUCAAUGUUCUCUUGAUAUGUAGAUAAUUUAUUAUAGUAGUGUCAUAUUAACAUAAUCAUAAAUUCAUAUAAACACCUAAAUAAGAAAUACCUUUUCAAUCGGAAUUGUUAAUUAUAGUUGCAUCAUGAGUAGACCCAGGCCACCAAGCAACAACAUUUUGAAACAUCAAUGAUGCAUUGCACACAAAUUGCACAUUCAAAAUACUCUUUUUCUAUUUCUAAAUUCCUCUCCUAUAUUUGAAUCUGUAACACAAAUAUAAAAUGUAAAGGUAUCAGUGUGUAUAUAAUAAGAAUGAAGGUAAAUAACCUACCAGGUUAUUGUAUUAGUAUAUGAAUGUAAUUUAAGGCACCAUGGGAAUCCAGCAGUAUUAUAAAAUUCCUGUUGAGUGUGAUUUUGUAACACAACCAAAAUUGGGUAUAAUUUUGCUAUUGCUAUAAACAAAAAGUUGUAAUAACGAGUACUUUUAUGGUUAAAAUUUAUCUUACCUUUUUGACGUUACACUCAAAUAUGGUCUCAUUAAAUUAGUCAAUUCAUUCACAACACCUUUGCUCGGAAAUCUAUAGUCAAAUUCGUAAUUAUUGAUCUUAGCCAUGUAAUUCAGACGAUCUUUAUUUUCCUAACCAUAUGAUAUCGGCCUCACUAUCACUAUCUGCAUCACAAUCCAUUAUCAUUUGAAAUAAUUCCAUAUCACUAUCAUCACUUCUACAAUAUGCCAUUAUAAAGAGAAACAUUUAUUAAAUUAUAGCGAUUUACUUUCGAAAGAUAAACAUGUAACCGGCCGAUUUUGACAGAUAAGUGAAUGCCCUUCCUAGAGAUAGCGUCGCCUACCGGAGAGUUACUUAAAACUAAUAUUGAAACGGAAGUAAGCACGAUUUGUAUGAGCGUUCUAUCUUUAGUAGGCUAUCCGUCCUCCCGACGAUGUAUAGAUAAAUCCUGCUGUCUGUCGAUAGGUUAUUGGAACGUAAGUAAGGACAAAAGAAUAGAUUUGUCUAUCUUUAGUAACCGAAACUAAGGAUAGAUAGGUUAUUGAAAACGGCCGUUAAAGUACAACAUGUUACGGGUGUGUAUUUUUAUCAUUCCUUAAUACGUCGCAGUAAAAUAUAAUACAAAAUACACGCAUGAUCAGAAUACCUGAUUUAAACAGCUUUUUUGCGUAAUCGAAUGCAUUAAGGAAAUACAUAGUUAUAUACAAUAGUUUGUAAGAUGGUAAAUAAAAUAAAUCGAAAUAUU